GUGCCCUCCUCGGUGACGUUGCCGAGACAGAUCCAUUGGCGACAGCAAGCAUACCGUGGGGGUGGAAAGCGUUGCCGCGCUAUCAGGCGGGAAAUCGGUAUACAAAGCGGAUAAUCGGCUUGAUCUGGUAUGAUACCGUGACGCUAAAUGACGGGACGAGCCGACGGAUCUUCAUACGUACGGCCGCCGUCCUGUCAUGUCAUCCCUUGGCAAGGCUCAUGUGAAUCACAGGUCUGGCCUGCGGGCGUUGAAACGUCGAGCCAGACCUGCCACCUCGCGCUUGACCAGUAUGACAAGGCCCCAACAAGGAUGUCGUCAUGUGAGACUCGCUCGUCCUUUGUUCCAAGUUCCAUCCACUGGACUGGGAGUGCCGAGACCCCGGCUGUUGUUGCUGCUGUUGUCUUAUUACUACUAGCCGGAACAGAAGAUAAGCACCCUAGGAGUGAAACAUUUCGAGCGAGCACAGCCUUGGACGUCCUCUACCUUGACCUAGUAUGGCCGACCAAAGUCAAACAAGAUAAGGGAGCACAUUGUUUUGCGCCGCGCGGCCUCUCGAGCAACGACCUGUGCUCCCUUGGACUGGCCUUGGGCCCCCCCUACCCCACGAGCCGGAUGAUACAUCUGACAGCCUUGUCCGCGUUGACUCCCUCCUGGUGGUAUUUUGACAUUGGGGACUUGUUUGCUCUUUAUUUCUGUUACGCAACGCCAAGUCAUCCAUCACACUCUCUCCUUGCCAUUUGUAUGCCAUUCAAUCACGAGCAUCUCCAGGUCCAAGGGAGUCUUCUGCCAGGUCACCAUGGCUGAGAGCGCGACGGCUCAUGCUUCUGUCGGUCAGGGGCAGCGGCACGACAAUGGCGCCAUGGGCACGGUAAAUCCCCACGACGGGCCCGGCUCUGUUGAGACGGCUGAGAGACCGGGCUGCCUGAGGACCAUCUACCUGACAGUCCACCAUGUGUUGACCUACAACCCACUGAUCAACAUUCUCUACGUUUUCGUUCCUGCGGGCAUCAUCGUGGCCCAGUUUCCGAGUGUCCCUGGCGGCGUGGUGUUUGGUCUCAACUGCGUUGCUGUCAUCCCGUUGGCAGCGUUGUUGGCACAUGCGACGGAGAGCUUUGCUGGUGAAAUGGGCGACGCCUUAGGGGCAUUGAUCAACGUCACCCUUGGAAAUGCCGUGGAACUGAUUAUCUUGUGAGUGUUUCUUUGCCUUCCAGCGGUUGUUGUUGGUGCUGACCAUGAACAGUGUGCAAGUGCUCGUGAUCAUCCCCAAGUAAAGUGAGGUCG